AUGGAAAUGGCGUCAAGUCCUCGCUCCGUUGAAGAGAUCUUCAAAGAUUUCAGUGCUCGUAGAGAUGGAAUCGUUCGUGCUUUAACUCAAGAUGUUGAUGAAUUCUACACUCUCUGUGAUCCAGAUAAGGAUAACUUGUGCCUGUAUGGACAUUCAAAUGAAUCAUGGGAAGUGACUCUUCCAGCAGAGGAGGUUCCACCUGAGCUUCCAGAGCCGGCUCUCGGAAUCAAUUUUGCAAGGGAUGGCAUGAACCGUAGAGAUUGGCUUUCUCUUGUUGCUGUGCAUAGUGAUUCAUGGUUGCUUUCUGUGGCUUUUUAUCUUGGAGCUCGUCUUAACCGCAAUGAAAGGAAACGUUUAUUUAGCUUGAUCAAUGAGCUUCCAACUGUGUUUGAAGUUGUAACUGAUAGGAAGCCAAUAAAGGACAACAAGCCCACUGUAGACAGUGGAAGCAAAGCUCGGGGCAGCACCAAGAGAUCAAGUGAUGGGCAGCUCAAAAGCAACCCAAAGUUAGCCGAUGAUCAAGGUUACGAGGAGGAAGAAGAUGAGCACAGUGAAACCCUUUGCGGGAGCUGCGGUGGAAACUACAAUGCGGAUGAAUUUUGGAUUGGCUGUGAUAUAUGCGAGAGGUGGUACCAUGGUAAGUGCGUGAAGAUUACUCCUGCAAAAGCUGAGAGCAUAAAGCAAUACAAAUGCCCAUCAUGCAGCAUGAAGAGGGGCAGGCCCUAA